CACUAGGAAUCCCGUACCUCUCUCUCUAACCAUGAGCGUCGCAGCUCUCUCACCCGUGGCCCCUGAGCCGCUCUCCCCGAUGGUCACCUCCGUCACUCCGACCAUGGACCCCGACACCUCCUCUGCCGAUGUCAGCACACCUCCUCACAACCUGGACCAGGAGUUCCAGGACGGGGCCUCCUCACCUGGCCUGGGCUCCAGCAGAGGCAGCCUCACUGGAGGAGGACCUCACCUGGGGAGAGACCCCUCCCACAGGGCAAAGAAACCUCCACCGCUGCACACUGGAGCCGACUGGAAGGUCGUCCUUCACCUGCCGGAAAUAGAGACGUGGCUGAGAGCGACCAGCGACAGAGUCACACAGCUCACACACUCGGUGGGACAAGACGGCGACAACAGACACGUGGACGUCCACCUGGUGCAGCUCAAGGACAUCUGUGAGGACAUCUCGGACCAUGUGGAGCAGAUUCAUGCCCUGCUGGAGACAGAGUUCUCCCUGAAACUUCUGUCCUACUCCGUCAACAUCAUCGUUGACAUCAGGACGGUGCAGCUGCUGUGGCACCAGCUGAGAGUCUCAGUUCUGGUCCUGAAGGAGCGUCUGCUGCAGGGCCUGCAGGACUCCAACGGGAACUACACGCGUCAGACCGACAUCCUGCAGGCCUUCAGCCAGGACCAGCACCAGACUCGCCUGGACGCUCUGACCGAGGUGGACGACUGCGGUCAGCUGACAAUUCGCUGCAGCCAGGACUACUUCUCUUUGGACUGCGGCAUCACCUUCGAGUUGAGCGAUUACAGCCCCAGUGACGAGCCCGGCCGGGAAACUGAGCCAGACUGUGAGGACUCCCCUCAGGACGUAGAUCAAGCCCAAGACCCAAAUCCAGAACCGCUGUCAGAGGACAGUGAAGGACCUCGCCUCUCGAACCAGGAACUCCAUAACAGUUUACCUGAACUCACCACGCCCGCUGACUCAACGAACCAAAACCAUCCUCCGUCAGUUUUACCCAAAAUCCCCAACCACAGUGAAAGUGUGAAGCGCCCCCUGCAGGGCGUGAGCCACAGCACCGAAGUGUCGCCCACACAGCCGUCUCUUCCCAAGAGAGCUGCUCUGUUCUCAGAGGGAGGAACCAGAGAGGAGGACCGGAGGGGAGGAUCGGGGAAGGUCAGCCCGCUCUCUGGGCUCCAGUUCCAGGCCGAGCUGAGUCGGAGCACUCCGUCUCUCAUGGAUCCUCCAGACCGUUCCAAGUUCUGGUUGGAGCUGGACUCGGUUUAUCCAGAAAAUGUUUCACAGUCCUACGAGAGUCUGCAGAUAAUGAACGGACGCAACCUCCAGAGAAACCACGUGAGCUCCAGACAGGGAGGACGCUCUCAGAGGAGCGCCCAGAGACCGCUGACCGACUCGAGGAGCUCAUCAGGGGCCAGACUGACCGCCAACGCCCCCCUGCCUCUCCAGGACCCGGCGUCUCAGGAUGAAAUAUCAAAACAAAUGGAGAGGACGCAGAAGGAGACAAAUGCACACAGUGAGGGGGACUCUGACUCCUCAUUGCCCUCCCCCAUGAGGGAGCAGUUCCUCUCCUCUGACCUGGAGGCAUCCGGAGAGGAGUCAGACCCCCGGCCGUCCCGCAAGGCGGCGGUGUGGAUCAUAAAGCGCCAAGGGCAGAAGGUGGCCCAGGUUACAUCGAGAGCCAGCCCAGACAGGGAGCACUGGUACGGGUCAGAGGAGUUCCUGGCCCUCCCCGCUCAGCUACGAAAGACAGAGAUGCUCGCUAUGAAGCUGGAGAGUCUGGCUCAGUCCCUCCCGCAGAGGCCGGACUCUUCCCAGGACGCUCUGCAGGACGUGGAUGACUGGGAUUUGACAGAGCUCAACCCAGACUGGGACGUAGGGGAGAGCGGGGACAACAUGAGCAGCGUAGGGGAGAGCGGGGACGACAUGCCCGCUCUUCUGCCACCUCUGCUUCCUUACAGAAGAAACCUGGUCAGCCGCUUUAGCUCCACCUCCUCCAGCGAUAUCGCUCCCUCAUUGGACGAAAGCAUCGAGUCCGGUCCGUUAAGCGACCUGCAGUCUGAGGAGGACGAGGGACGGAGGUCCGCGGACCGCCGCCUGCAGCUGAGAGCGUCCCCGGUGGACAUGCGUGGAGGUGCGUCCAUGAUUCACCAGCUGCUGGAGGACAUCCAGAGUCAGGACAAAGACCCCGCCAUCUGGAAGAAGAUAGAGUGUUUCGUGCAGCAGUUGGACGGGUUCAUCUCGUGGUUGCAGGAGGCGCUGGACAGCACUGAAAACUGGACGCAGCCCAGGCAGGAUCUGGACAGCCUGAGGGUGUACCUGGACACACACCUGAGUUUCAAGCUGAACGUGGACGGUCACAGCGCUCUGAAGGAGAGCAUAAUGGAGGAGGGCAGAGCACUGCUCACCGUCAUCACCUCCCACCAAUCAGGUCUGAAGGAUAUCCUCCAUAUGGUUUCCAGCCAAUGGGAUCAGCUCCAGCGGCAGAUCCGGCGCCAACAUGGCUGGAUGCUCCGCGCCCUCCGCUGCAUCCAGGCCCGCCUCCUCUACACCAGCCAAUCGCACGGGCCGUUCGCAGCCUCGGGGGAGUCGGCGGCCAGUCGGCAGGCUCCGUGCUCAUCAGACUGCCUCAAGGCUGAGCCGAUCCCCAGUCAGUGUGAAGCCCAGCGAGCCGCUCUGGCAGAGCAGAUGGCCGUCAAACUGCGCAGCCUGCAGUACCCCUCCCCCACCAGCAGGAGGCACCACAGCCAGCUGGCGAGGAACAACAGUCUGCAGGAGUUUGAGGCCGAGUACCAGGAGCUCUGGGAUUGGCUGAUGGACAUGGACGCCAUGGUAACAGACAGUCACCAGCUGAUGAUGUCAGAGGAGCAGAGACAUCACCUCUUCAAGAGCAGCCACGCUGAGCUGAUGAUGAUGGAGAGCAGGAAGACGAGCCUGCUGGGCCGAGCAGAGUCUCUGAAGAGGAGCGGCACCGAACUGCCCGAGAACUUCCACCGCAGACUACACAACCUGACACACACAUGGAGACAGCUGGAGAAAAUCCUCUCGGUGCAUUCGGGACCCAGCUCCUCUUCAUCAGCCAACAUGAACUCUUUGCUGGUCGGCGGUCGAAGCGUCGGCGGCGUGGAGAACCCUCGCUCGGCGCUCUCCCCGCUGACCAACUCGCUCCUGGAGCAGCUGGAGGCUCGAAUCAAAGAGCUGAAGGCGUGGCUGCGAGACACCGAGCUCCUCAUCUUCAACUCGUGUCUGGGACGAGACAAAGACGCCUCGGAGCAGCUCCACAGUUUUAAGUCUCUGUGUUCGGAGGUGCGAGCCCGACGCCGAGGAGUCGCUUCUGUUCUGAAACUCUGCCAGAAGCUGCUGCAGCAGAGCCAGUCGGGCCCCAUGGCGGAGGUGGGCCCAGAGGCGGAGCAGCACCGUGAGGCCCUGCAGCUGCUGUCGAUCAACCUGGAGAGGAGGUGGGAGGCGAUCGUGAUGCAGGCGCUGCAGUGGCAGAACAGACUGAAGCGAGAGCUGGGAGAGCAGCAGGUUCCUGGGAGCUUUCUGGAAGCCGGUCUCGUCGACCUCCACCAGAUGAGCCCCGUCCCCGCUGGUCCAGUGGCACCGCCGCCGGAUGACUCCUGGGAGUGGGAUGAAACGGAUAUGACAAUCACAGAACUUGAGCCACAAGAAAUAUCAGAACCCGACCUCAUGCACAACCUCCCCUCAGAGCCAGACCUGCCUUCGGACAGCGCUCCGUCCAACGGGAAUCAACCCGAUGGGAUUCAAUCCGGUGUCCCAGCCAGUCUAAAUCCUGAGACCACGUUCAGCACGUGUGGAUCCUCCUCAGAGGUUCAGUCGAAUGCGACCUCCCAAACUCUCCGCCCAAACAACAACAUCUACCAGGUGUACAGCAUCCAUACUGUCGAAUUAUACCGACAGCCUCAGUUUCCUCUCUCCUCCUCCUUGCUGCACAAAACCAAAUCAGGAAAACGGAAACAGCACCUCCUCCUGAAGAGCCUGAGUAAGGACUCCUCAUUCUCCUCCAUCGAAUCUCUGCCAGACCUCGUGGGAGGUUUGAUGUCAAACAGCCGAGGAGGAGACAGAAACGUAGGAUACCAGGACAGCGAGAGGGAGAGCGGCAGAGGGAGCGGCCAGUCGGUGAGCAGUCGGCGGUCAGAGAGCGAGAGCGGCAUCGUUAGUGAUACAGGAGACACGGAGACGACGGCAAACUCUGAAAUCCAGGGGGAGGAGGAGGAUCAGGGUGACGAGGAGGAGGAGGAGGAAAAAGAGCAGAAGAAGGAUGAUGGGAGUCACGUGACUCGGCACAAAGACAAUAUGAGGCACAACCAAAGAGCCAAGAACGAGGAGAACGUGAAGGAGAAAGGAGUGAGGAGAGAGGAGAACAGAAGAAACAGAGAGGAAGAGAAAAGGAGGAGGCACAAGAGAGGAGGAGGCGAGGCGGUGGAGAUCCUAAUCAACGGGCGUGGAAUCCUGACUCCUGCUGACUCCGACUCUGACUUCGAGGUGGGAGGACUCGGUGUGGACUCCUCCAAGCCCUUCAUGUCCCGCAGUGACAUCACAGGGUUCAAAGUUGAGCAGCUGAGCGGUUUGGAGACUCCUCCAGCUCUCAGCCGCCGCGCCUCCUCUCCGGUUUUAUCUCAGGGCUCCUCUCUGGAGUCCCUCCUGGCUCUGGGUGUGGAGCUGUUUCCCUCCAAAGACCAGCUGCACCGGAGCGCCUCCCUGGAGAGCUGCUUGGCCCCGUGCCGCAGCGCAGAGGAGACCGGAGGCAGCCUGGCCAGCCUCGGGGAGCUGGACCUCGGACUGAGCAGGGAGCUGGACGGAGGUGAACCCGGAAAGGAGAACGAAAGCGUGCAAGGAGAACCGUCCGCUGGGGAGCUGAGCCGAAGAACUCUCGACCUCCUGAAACGUCUGGAGAACAUCCAGAGCCCGCUGGAGGCCAAGAUGACCCGCAGCGUUUCUGACAUGACGCUCCGCAGCAGCUCGUCACACCGGAGCAGACUCCCCGCCUCGCCCUCGCUCGGUGGUCGACACGCCCCCCUCUCUGGGAUUUCACGGAAAGGACCGCCAUCGCUAAUCAACGAGAGUUCAGCAACGGCGUCGCUAACGGAGCUCAGCAGCGCCGAGGACUCCUCUCUGGGGUCUGAAGACUUCGCCAUGCUCAGAAAUCAACGCCACGUCUUCCUGGAUCCCGCCACAGGAGCCAACGCCAACUCAAGCUCUUACAGAAAACGUUGCCACGGAAACAGCCGAGGAGCACAAGGGUUGGAUGAGGCAGACGCUGCGAGUUUGAGUCUGGUGGUGAACGUCUCCUACACGUCAGCGUGCACUGAUGAAGACGAGGACGACAGCGACCUCCUGUCGUCCUCCACGCUCACGCUCACAGAGGAGGAGCUCGGGGUUCGGGACGGAGAGGACGAGGAGGAGGAGAGGCUAAGCGGCGGCUCCUCUGGUAACGAUGACGAUGAGGACGAUGACGAAGAGGAGAUGGAGGGCUCGUAUGUCCUGGGGCUGGAGUACAUGAAGAGGGAGCUGCAGAGCUGGAUCCGAUGUCCUCGAGCUUCGUCUUGCUCUUCUAAAUCAGAAGCAGGUCUGCGAGACGAGCUGCAGUGUGGCACCAACCUGUCCUCCUCCUUCACCUCCUCGUCUCACAGCAAGGACCAAAACUGCUUUCAAAACCGCUCCAAAUUAGCAGAAAGUAACAGCGGCAACAACAAAAGAGAGAAGAAAGAAAAGGAGGAGGAGGAGGAGAACCGGAGGAACGCGACCAGAAGCUACAUCAGCCAGUUUGUGGACGACGUGGAGAACGGAAACGUGGACCAGAGCUGUUUGAAAGGGAAAGACGAGGACGACGAGCUUCUCCGAGAGGAGUCCAGCGUGUUCACAAAGAAAGGAGAGUCGCUGAAGACUUACGUGCUCGCCAAAACAGGAGAAACGGUUCAGGACGUCAGCGACUUGAUCGUCAAAACCGAACCAACCAAUCAGCUUUCUCCAUCGCCGUCCUGCGAGCUCCUCCCCCUCCUGUCCAAACGUGCGUCCUCUCUAGUGGGACAGCUGAGAGGGGAGCUGCCCUGCCACAGCUCCUCCUUCCCCUCGCCUCCUUCUCUCUCACCCAUCGAGGACUGCAGAUCCCAUGAUGCAUUGCACAGGCCAGCAGCCGGAGGACGGAAGUCCAUCACCAGUCAGGAGAAGUUCAAAUUCUCGUCUUUUGUGACGGAAGAGACAAAGAGGGAAGUCAGGGACAAAGCUUCGUCCCUGCCACCCAGAAAACGGCACAAUUCUCACUCCUCCUGCUGCAGCCUCCUCCCCUCCCCCUCCAACCUCCGGCCCCGCAGCGUGGACGACAGCAAGGAGAACGUGCACGACUUUGUGAUGGAGAUCAUUGACAUGACGUCACUGGCGCUGAAGAGCAAAGAGAGUCAGCCCGAAGAGCCGAACCAGAGCGACAGCAACCAGUCCAACGCGGACCAGAGUCCUGCGCCACUGACACAGAUCAGAGACAAGGUCCUCGAACACUCCCACCGGCCGCUCCACCUCCGCAAAGGAGACUUCUACUCCUACUUGUCUCUGUCCUCCCAUGACAGCGACUGCGGCGAGGUCAGCCAGUGUGCUGAGGAGAAGAGCUCCACUCCGGCGCCCUACAGCAUCCCGACUUACGUCACGCCGACACAAGGCCUCCACAGCCCGAGCCCGGAGCCGUUCGCCAAACUGCAGAUAUCGAACUCUGCUCCGUCUUCCACACGCUCCUCUCCAAACCUCGACUCCAAGAAUUUCUGCACGCUCGAUUUAACGUCUGCGGGCCACGCCAAAGAGCCCACCAGCCCGUCUCUGUCCCUGCCGCCCAGUCCAGACAUCAGGGACGAGGAGAUGCUGUUUGCAGCCUGUACGGAGGAGGUGUACCUGGGCCCGCCUCUCUGCUACAGCAUGGAGCUCACCAAGAAACCACGGCGCUUCUUUCUGAAGGAAAACUCCGAGUUUUUGCCCUCCCUGGACCCUGGCUACGACCUGAACAGUCUGACUUACACGCCUUCACAAACAAGCGACAAUCUUCAAUAUUUGUCUCAAGAGGAGUGGAGCUCCGAACCAGGUCUGAGGUACCUGUCCCCCUCAAAGGACGGCGAGCAGGAUCAGGUGUAUUUCCAAGGAUCCACAGAGGAGACACACAGCUCCUCCUCUCCGCUCCUGGAGCCUCCUUACAGCUCUUUAUCCUCCUCCUCGCCCUCAAACAGCGUCCCCGCCUCUCUCCGGGGGCCCGGCUCCAAACCAAACGCUGACAACCCUUCCUCUCCUCCGCCCGUGUCCUCUGGCGCCGAGGAAGAGAAGCGAGGUGAGGACCCGUACCUCCUCUGUGAUGUCGCUGGAGGAGAAGUCGCGGCCGCUGCGAGUGUCAGCGCGCCGCAGGAGGAGAGGAGUCGUAAUGAGGGGCCUCCUUAUCUUAAUCCCCGGGCGCGUGUCGCCCCGAUAGACUCCUCCGCAGCCGAAUGUUUGGCAGAUACUAAAGCGCUUGAAUCCAAUAUGGGCGCCGUAAUGACCAAGAUAAGUGUCUGCAGCUCCGCUACAAAUCCCUCAAAAGAGGCAGCCACCACCGCCACGCGUAUUAAUCCCAAAAUUAACUGCUCGGCGAUGAGAGAGGCAGAUAGAGAGGAGGGGGAGAGGCGAGGAGAGGUGGAUACUCGGCGGGUGAAGCAGGAGGAGAAGGGAAGGAGAGGGCGGAGCGGCUCGCAGCAGGAAGCGAAGGCAGCGGCGGAGAAGCAGGUGAGAGCUCAGUCAGCCGCCAAUCACGCGAGAGCAGCGCAGGGACGGAGCCAAGCCUCAGCGAGACCGCCCGCCUCGAGAACGAAAGCAGUCAGAAGACUUCCUGCGUUGGGAGCAGAACCCUCCAGGAUCCAGCUGUAAGGGAGCUCUCUCCAUCUCCUCCCCGCUGAGCUGAUCUCUCUCCUGGGUUUGUCUCUCCGGCUGCUCCUGGAGCCGUUUCACCCCCCUCUGAUCUCCCGAAUCUCUCUGCUGUAACCGAACAGAUCGUGUAAGAAACUGGACUGAAAACUCCUCCAGCAGGUUCAGGGUGAUUCUGAUUUCCACUUUCUCACAGAAAUAAUAACGUCUCGAACUACAGGGUCUCUGAGCGCUUAGAAAGCAGCUUUUACCGUUUGGCUGAGCUUUUUUUUUUUUUUUAGGUAGCCUGUAGUCAAUAUAUAGAGUUUACCUCAAAAUACAGUUUUAAUGUGACAAAGAUUUAAGAUUUAAAGAUUUAAGAGCUCAGAGGAAAAUAAUGUUGUAACAGCAACCAUUUAAAUGUGAUUACCAAAUUGAUUUUUUUAGAAAUGUCUGACUUAAAACAAUGUUUUCAGCAGCUGUAGAGAAAUAUUUCACUCAUGAGUCACAAAGUUACUUUAUUACAAUAUUUACUCGAAAAACAAGAAAAAACUCUUCCGACAGGACGACCUUUAGGUUUAAGUGAAAGCAGCUCAGAAUCAGCCCAGUCUUUAUUAUUCUUUUGUUAUUUUUAAGUUUAUUUUGUUGUGGUUUCAGAGUUCAGACGACACUUAAACUUUCGAAUCGUGCCAAUUUAACCCUUUGACACCUGGAUCAACAUCAGUUGAAACUGAACAAUUUGGUUUUAUUUCUUUCAAAUACUCGGGAAACAGGCAGUGAGUAACUGCGG